AUUCUCGUAAUCAACUAAUUUCCAUGUUGAUCCAAAAUGAUCAACUGAUUGUUUGUGUUCAAUUAGAUUUAACAACAAGUUACAUCAAAGGAAUUGUUGAUUUACCCUUUUCUUUUUCACACUUAAUUUUUUAUUGAUUGUUUGCAAUCGACCAUGAAUUAUGCUGUGGAUUUGCUAAUAAUAAGAAAUAAUUAGACAACAAGGUUAAUUUUAUUUCUUCCAUUAGAUUUUAAAUGAGACAAAAAGAGAAAGAGAAAAAAAGAAAGAGAAGAAAAAAAAAUAGAAAGAGAAAAUUAAAUUCUCUUAGUAGGAAAAACAACCAAGAAGAAAUGAAAACAUUUCCAUUUAGCUCAGUGUUCACCUCUAAUCAUUUAACUAAUUAUCAUCAAUUAUCACCAUCACCAUGUUUAUUAUCAGUUCAACUAAUUCAGUGUCCACAAUAAUUAAACAUUUAGUUAGUUAAUUGAUACUAAUUGUCUUGGAUAAACCAGAAAACAAAAACAAUAACAUUGUCUCUUUGAAAAGGUGAUUUGUUAUUUUCUAAAUUGUGAAUUAUUAUUUUAGAAUAAUUUUUUUUUUCCAAAACAAUUUAACUUCACCUUUAAACCAUUGGAUUCUAAUUAAGAUUAAAUUAAUCGACAAUUAGAUUAGUUCCAAAGAAAAGAAACCAAAGUGAUCCACCAAAAAGAACGUGUUUUCUUUUUUUCUUUUUCUAUAUUACUCUGGAUGUUUUUCUGAUCUCAUUUAAAAAAAUUCUACAAUUUAAUUGAUCUUGUUAUCCCUGUUCUUCUAAUUGUGGAUUAAUUUUUCAUCUUCAAUAUUACCUCUCAUCUUUAAUUGUUUCAUAUUCUAUUUGGAUGAUUAUUUGACUGAAACUGAAUUUACUUUGAAUCUCAUCUUUGAAGCGAAACCACUGGACAGAUACAACAAUGAUGUCAUUAAAUUCUGUGGAUAAGAUUAACCAUUUCAAUUGUUUAUCGGUUGUAAUUUACUUUCUUUUAAUUGUAUUUGGUUUCCUGUAACUAUUUCAUAUCGAAAAUGGAUCUACAUGAUAAUGCGAAAAAAGUAGUUGUAUGUUCAGCAUUAUUUGCUGGAUUCGCUUACUUUAGCUUAUCGGUUCUUCGUAAUGUCUUCUCACCUUCAAAGGAUCAAUCAUCGUCUACGAAUAACAAUAAUAACAAUAAUAAAAAUGGCCGAAAGUCAAGUCAAUGUGUUCAAACGGAAGUUUCGGUUCCCAUUAAAGAGGACAAAAGAUGGUACAAAUUACCUCCCGAAAUGUGGGGUCCAUGGGCUAAAACAAUCCAAGAUCGUAUCAAGGAGCUUAAUCUACAAUCAACGGCAAAUAAUGUUAUCUUUAGAUCACCAGGUCGAAUUCAAUCAAUUACCACCAAUGGUACCAGUUUAAGUUCCCAUAAUACACCGAGAAAUUCACCAAGAUGCCGAAGUCCGAACAAUUUAUCUAAGGAAAAUAGUUUGAGCCGAUCGGUUGACAAUUUAUCAAAAGACAAUAACAAUCAUUUACACCAAGGUGACCAUUUGAUUGAUGGACCAAUAAUUAAACCACCAAGUGAAAUAGAAAUGAUUAAUUAUAAGAAAAUAUUGGACAAAUUGUUUGGUCAAAAGAAUCCCAAUUUAUCCCAACAAGAGGCCAGUGUCCUUGGGAUGUUAUUAAUGUGUGAUGAUGAUGAGGUUCUGGUUAAAACACUAACGGUGAUUGCUGAUUGUGCGGUUUUCACACCAAAUAUCAAUGUAAUCUGUGAUUCCGGUUGUUUAGUUAUGUUAUUACAUUUACUUAAUUCUAGUACAAUUCCGGCCGUAAUUGCCUCGACAACUCAAGCGAUCGGUAAUUUGGCAAACGGUGAACGAUCACAAGAAUUAAUGAGACCAUUUAUCAUUCCAUUAAUGGAUAAAUUGAAAACUGCAUCACAUUUACAAUUAACUUGGUCAUUAAUUGCACUUGCCAAUUUAGCUCAUCGUGAUUCUAAUCAUAUCGAUUUUCUUGAUCAUCUAAAUGAAUUAAUUGUUCUCAUUGAAAAGGGUUGUACUCGUGUUCAAUUACAAUCUCUUAAAAUUUUGGUUAAUCUUUCAUGUAAUCAAAAUUCAAUUGUUUACCUGUUGGCUGCUAGAUGUCCGGUUAACCUUUACAAUUUACUAAUUCCAACAACUGAUGAGGAAAUUUUAAUAAGAUUAUGUUCAUUUAUCAGUAAUCUGGUUGAAUCUGUUUUUCGACGUUCAAUUAAACACACUCAUCUUCCAACGAUUAAUAAAGUGGCCUCACCGGAAACACUUUACUCUGGAUUAUUUGGUGUUCAAGCGGUGGAAACAAUUAAAGAAAAAUUGAAAACACUUUCCCGUUAUCCCAAUGAAAAUAUUGUUUCUAGUGUCCAAAAGAUAGAGAAAAAAUUAAUCCUACUUUAGAUUUACUUAAAUUGUCACGAGAUUUACAUUUAAUCGAGUUUUUUUUUGUCCAAACAAUUAAUGUUUACCUAAUUUGAUGAGUUCUUUCACCUAAUUUAUUUUUGUGAUUCUUGGUCGUUAUUUUGAUUUUUCUUUAAUCAAUCUGAUUUCUUGGCAAAUGAUCUUCUCUUUAAUCCGAUUGUAAUUAUUUUUUGUCGACAAAAUUUUCGAUUAAUCAGAGAAAUUAACGAUCAAAACUCUCUUUUCUCUGAUUUGAGAUUCAAUUGAUUGUCUCAAGACUGAAACUUGUGAAGAUUGUGCCAAGGCUGAGGAAUAAACAAUUCCUUUUGCUAAUCAUCUUUCAUUUUCUAUAAAUUGUUAAAAUUAAUCAAGUGUGUACUGAGAAAAUAAUAAAUUUUUCCUUUAAUUAACUGUA